UCAACUUCUCAAGAGGUAAAUAUCAUGGUUCUUCUUCCAUUUUCAGCUAUCUAUCUAUCAAGCCCCGUGUACUCACCUCUCAUCUAGCGCUACGUUUCUUGAUCUACAUUAAGGCUUGGCAUGAGCGUCUCACAGCAGCAAACCCCUCUCAAGCUCUGUUUCUCACCUCUUCUCAUCAAAGAACCCAUAUACACAUUUGUCACACAUAGCCCAGCAUGACCAGUGAAGGCGCAGGCAGGCAAGGCAUGCUCAAUUUCAGAGUCACGCACCCAUACGUCUUUACACACGGCAUCUGCGGCCGCAAGGACUGCUACCGCGGCUCACCGGCGGCAGCAGACUGCGAGUUCCACGGCAACGCCGUCCGGGACAUUAUCAGAUCGCGGCGGGACCAGAGACGGGCCCGCUUACAACAACGAUGCCGAGCGCACAGCGGCAGCAUCGACAUGACACCGGCGGCGGCGACCGCAUCCACAUCAACAAGCCGGAACGUCACGCCUCUGAGACGGCAGCCGAGCCAGAGCAGCAGUAUCAGCAAGCCAGAUAGCCCGCUGUCUUUCACGUCGUCCGAGUUCUCGGCCGACUUUUCACCCUGCGUUUCGCCGCUGAUGGAGGAUCUCAUGUUGGAGGUCACGGAUGCGAUCGAGAGCAGCGGUCAGACGCCAGAGCUUCUUGGCAUGCCACCGAGGCGGACGACAUCGGCGUUCAACAUGGACGACAUAUUCAGAAUGAUUGACGAGGCUCAGAGAGAGUACGAGAGCCUGGGCGAGUCACCUGUCACACCAAUAAGAUCAAGAAACGAAAUACCCCGCCAGCCACGCUGGAGCUGGGAGAGUCUGCUAGGUCCAUCAUGACGGCCGGCAACUGGAGCAGUCGUAGUGGACAAUAAAGAAGGACCGAGACACUUGGCCGGAACGAUCAUGAUCAAAGAAGAACCGUGCUUUCUGCCCUGCUCUAAAGCAAGAGACCAGCACAAGGGAUG